AUGGCAUUAAGUGUGUCCUUCGUAGCCCUUGGGCUUAUAGCUCUGGUUGGGCAGAGUGCUGCUCGUGAAGACUGCAAAUGUGCCCCGAAUGAAGAAUGCUGGCCCACGCUGACCGAUUGGGCCGAAUUGAACGACGCUGUCUCGGGCAAGCUGAUCCGAAACACACCCGUUGCCGAGCCCUGCUACUAUGGAGAUGAGGACGACCAGAAACUGUGUGAUACUAUCGUCGACCAAUGGUCGAAUUCGACCUUCCAAUCCCUUCAGCCGACAGGAUAUUGUUAUCCACUUGACUACGCCUGUCCUGUUGUGUCGACACCGACAGGCACACCACAGACUGAAUGUGACCUCGGUCCAGCGCCUGUGUAUACCAUCAAUGCCACCGAGCCGGAAGAUGUGGCGGAAGGGAUCCAAUUUGCCAAGACCCAUAACCUGAGACUUGUGAUAAGGAAUACCGGUCACGACCUGCUUGGAAGAUCCCAAGGAUACAACAGCUUACAGAUAUGGCUGAAGUAUAUUCAACAGGGUCUUGAAUACCACGAGGAAUACCAGCCUCCCAGCCAGUGCCAACACACUAGCUGGACUGGAAGCGCCUUCACUGUGCGAGGAGGCUAUCUCUGGGGUGACCUCUACGCUGCCGCCUUUGAGCGAGACUUGAUAGUUAUCGGUGGUCAGGAUCCAACGGUCGGCGUGCUGGGCGGCUAUCUACAAGGUGGAGGGCAUUCUCCCGCCAGUCGCGACUUCGGCCUUGCUGUCGACCAAGUCCUAGAACUGAAGGUCGUCCUGGCCUCUGGAGAGCUCGUAACUGCCAAUGCCUGUGAGAACAGAGAUCUCUUCUUCGCUCUGCGUGGGGGUGGGGGUGGAACAUACGGAGUAGUAGUAUCAGCCACGCUGAAGGCGCAUCCAUCCCGUCCAGCCAUUACACAUACUCUCGUUAUCUACCCAUUACCCAGUCGCAAAGACCCAUUAGCUACCACUAUGGUGCUUAUUGACGUGGUUGCGGAAAUCCUUUCCGCAUAUCCCGCCUUAUCUGACGGCGGCUUUUCAGGGUACGGCGGAUGGGGGAUUGACAAAAUAGAUUCCCCAAUUGCGACAGCCCCGACACCAGUCAUGGAGAACGGUGGCUAUUCUCACGUCUUCGCGAAGCUGGAUGACAGCGACGACGCCUUGGAAGAAGCGCAACGAUUUGUCCAUGCAACGCUUAUGCAACGGCUACGGAAAUACAAUGGUUCUGGGAUCAUGAUCCAGGAAAUUUGGGAGCGUUAUCCAUCGUUCGGGGACUAUUAUACUGCCGCGACAAGGGCGGAGCAACAGGUUGGAUUUAGCAAGAUGGCACUCACGUCACGUCUUCUCGACAAGGCGUCUCUCACGGGUGACACAGCACAGCUUAAAGAGAUGCUCCGUGUCACGUCCACAAACUCCCCUGAUGUUCCUCAAAAGGCAACCAUAUGGACCAUGCUUUUUCUCGUCGGUGGAGGAAAGGUCCUUGAUAGCUCCACUAAUCCUUCCACAGAUCGCUACGUGGGUGUCCAUCCCGCCUGGCGCAAAGCUUAUCUUCUUGCUAUCCCGACGUCGAUCUUGCCGGAAGAUGCAGACGACACAUCCUUGAAAAGAAUGCAGCAUGAUACCACUUACCGAAAGACCGAUGCAUUGAGGGCCUUGGCCCCGAAUAUGGGCAGCUACAUGAAUGAUGGCGACCGAUACAAUCGUUGGUGGCAAACUGACUUUUUCGGUGACAAUUAUCCUCGGCUUCGGGCCAUUAAGGAUGAAUACGACCCAGACCAUGUGUUUUACUGCCCUACCUGCGUGGGGAGCGAGGAAUGGAGGGAGGUUCCGCUGGAGGAUAAGGUGUAUGGGGCUUUGUGUCGGGUUUGA